CGCCGGAGGCCCCGGCGGCGCUGGCCCGGUGCGCCCAGACCGGGAGGGCGCCGGCAUUCUUCUAAAGGGGUCGCGCGCGUCGCGCGAUGGGCGACGGCGGGCCUGGUCGCUUCGAGGAGAGCUGCUGGGGGAGCUGCGCGCGGAGCACCAGCGGCUGCUGUGGCACAAGGGCGCCGAGCCGCCCUCGGGCCCCACCCGGGUGGUCGCCUGGGGCGCGGCUGGCCGGGCGUCCGCCGAGGGCCUCGCGGAGCUGCCUGAAGCGCGGGCGCGGGCCGACGGUGGCCGGGGAGCGCUCGACGCCAGCCAGGUGCCCUCGCCCCACGGCGAGCUGCGGGCGGCCGCCGGGCCGCCCGGCGGCCACGGCCGCGGGGCGCGCCCGGCGCCGGAGGCGCGAGCCGUGGACGAGGUGGUCAGGUCGGAGCGCUCCGAGGUCAGCAUCAAGGGCAGCGACGACAAGGUCCGCAAGUUCAGCAGCGCUAGCAGAUCCCGGUCGGACGCCGUGGUCUUGACUGGCGAGAGCCGGACGAGCCCUGGCUCCAGCAAGGCUUCCAAGUUCAGCGCCUGGUGGAAGUCGCUGGUGGACACGUCCGAUUCACGUAGCACGCUGUGGAAGAGAAGCAGCAGCUCGAGCGAACUGGCGGGUAGGAGCAGGCUCGAGACAAUGGUUACCAGCACCACCUUCGAGCUGGUCAUGGCCGUCAUCAUUCUGCUCAACGCGCUCUGCAUCGCGGUGGAGGCUCAGUACGACGGCAUGGCGUCGGGCUACAACGCUGGCGUGGACCCGCGCAUGUCGCGGCCCGCAGACAAGGUCUGGCCUGGGGCCGACAGCGUUUUCUUGGUGCUCGAGUGGUUCUUUGGAAUACUGUUCACAGUCGAGCUCGCCUUCAAACUGGCUGCUGUCCCAAAGAAGACUCUGAGGGACUCGUGGAGCGUGAUCGACGUUCUCGUAGUUGCCUUCUUCUGGGUCGAGGCGCUCUCAAGCGACCUUCCCUUCCCACCGACCUUGAUCCGCCUGGCGCGGAUGGCACGGCUGUUGCGAUUCCUUCGCGUCGUGAAGACAAUCAGGGGCUUCGCUUCGCUCUACCUGAUGCUGCAAUCGAUCAAGGGAAGCGUGUCGGCCCUCGGGUGGUCCAGCAUUGUGCUACUAGUGAUGGAGAUGAUGUUCGCUUUGGCGCUCAACUUACUUUUGGUGGAUUUCUGGGAGGAUGAAGACUUCAACCUCGAAAAGAGGGAACUGCUGUACGAGUACUUCGGCACUUUUAGCAAGUCUCUGCUGACAAUGAUCGAGAUGCUGCUGGGCAACUGGUUCGCCGUCACACGAAUCCUAACAGACUUCAGCGAGGUGUUCAUGAUCUUCGGCAUCUGCCAUCAGCUGGUCUUCGGGUUCGCAGUGAUCGAAGUUAUAUCAGGCGUAUUUCUCAACGAAACAUUCAAAGUCGCGGCUCUGGACGAUAGUAUCAUGCUGAACGAGGUGAGGCGAGCGGCCAAGGCGGAGAGCGCUAAGCUGACAGAGUUCUUCAAAAAGGCAGACAAGGACGGCAGCGGGCUGGUGGACCAGCUCGAGCUCAAGAAGGUGUUGGACAACCCGCACGUGGAGGAAUGGUUGGGCGCCAUGGGCCUGGACCUGUCCGACAUCGAUAAGGCAUUCCGAAUGCUGGACAAGAAUGGUGACGGGUAUCUCAGCCCCGAAGAGCUGGUUGAAGGCGCGUCCAAGAUGAAGAAGCCCGCGAGGGCGGUAGACCUCGCGUUGGUGCAGGUGAUGCUCGAGGACUUGAGCGCCCGUGUCAGUGCCGCACACCGGUAG